AUGCGCGAUUCACACGUGUCUUCAACAACUUCACAUCACGAGAUUGCGAUUGCCCACAACCAUGCGAGCUUCGCGGAAUCAUACUCGGUGACAGCAUCCACAGCAAAGUGGCCUUCAACUGCUCACACGCCCCAAGAAUGCCAGAAAAACAAUACUGGAGCGGCGUGGAAUACGCCAGGAGUAAGCUGUGGGGAGUGGUACCGGAAGAACACUCUUCUGGUUGAGAUCUACUACGAGCGCAUGAACUUCCAAGUGCUUACGGAAUCGCCGGCUUACACGUUGGUGAAUAUGGUGUCAGAUGCUGGUGGUCAAGUUGGUCUGUUCCUUGGCAUGAGCAUCAUCUCUGUAAUUGAAUAUCUGGCUCUGAUUUUGCUUCUUCUAUGCUAUUGUGCCACUCAUAAAAGCCGUAAGCGUGAAAUCGCCGAAAUCGAGAAAGAGACACACAACGCAAAGGUACGCUUGACUCAAAUAAGUUCGAGGGAAGCUCAAUGGAACUCAGAGGCGAAAAGGGGCAGUUUUACGCUUUUUGCCCAACAUGACUAUUCCAAGAAAUAA